AACUCUCUGUCUUGACAACAACCUUGUUCACGUCAGCUUCCGAAGGUGUAGACUAUGCCUCGAGCUGGCCACUAGACAACAGAUGCAAUACCUCCUACUAGGAGAUUGUAGGAGGUAUUGUGCAGCUGAAAUUCUGCGGCGACGAAUGCGCCAAAAAUGUUUCUCCACACCCGAGUGAUAGAUCUAAUGAUGCAGGGCGCGCGGUCUGCAUGAAGCCGGCUCAGAUGAUCGAUGCACACUAAGCCUUCGGUGCGCUGGGCGGUGCUGCACUCGGCGCCUUCUGCACGCGUUGCAUCUUGACAAGGACCAUUCAUUAUUUGCGCCCCUAGCAAAUGGUUGGACGAUGUCGUUGCUAUUGGUACGAUGUCGUCGGGGCCUGGCGGAAGUCAAGAAGAGCCCAGAGAGUGGUUUGAGGAAUUGCAGCUGGACAUAGUGCAAUCCCACCUGCACACAUUGUCUCGCGCAGGCGUCGGACCGAAUUCGAUCAGCCGGCCGAAGCUCGUGCGAAAAUAUGUGCCUGCUCACACGUCUGUGCUUAUCACGUGGAUACGCACCGAGUCUUGGCGUGUCAAUCAUUCUCAGGUCAGGCACCAAGUCCACGGCGUCGUGGGUUCCUGCGUCAACAUCAUCUCACCCCAUCCUCACCCUCAUGCUAUGGCGCGGACCUUCUGUUCUGCUCAAACUUACUGAAAUGCCAUGGUACUGGAAAGCCGAACAAUACAUGGCUCAAUCACUUCCUGGGCUCCCCGCUACCCCGCCGAUACUGAGUUCCCCAGCGAAGGUCGUCGAUCUACUGCCCCAGGCAGACAGAAGCAGGCAGAAGCAGGCAAAGCCACGCGGUUUCUACUAGAGAAUAUGUCUGCUCGGGACGACCCUAUGGCUUACGCAACGGAUAUCCGACUCGAUUCAAGGCGAUAAUGAUGAGCAAGCACGCUGUGCCGGGAAGUCACACGCUGAGCCAAAGUAUGCGGGAGCUCGGACGGGGAUGUUGACUCUCAACGACGAAGAAGAAAUGCUUACCUAGACAACUGAGGCUGGAAGUUGCAUUGCAUCGACAUCGUCUCUUAAGCACGAACCCAGCUCACUCUCGAUUCUAUCUGCUGGGCUCCGGCCGACCUCUCAAGCAAGCGCUUCUCCACGCCGGACUUCACCAAGUCAACAUCUCAGCGUAUGAAUCUAUCAGUGUUUCGUUAUCGACUUGUGUGAUAAUUGAUUCUGUGAUUGGGGCAGACUCAGAGAUACCAUAUGCUAACAUUCCACUUACCCAAAGCCUGGCUUCCACGUCCACAAGGCUUCCCAGAAAAUAAGUCCGACUCAGCUUGCUUAAACGCGGUCUUGACAGUCGAGCAUUUCUGCGAAGAUGUUCAGCCCUCUUGCAGACUGGAGAUGAUAUUAUGUGUCUUCAUUUUGGACCUAUGACACCGUAUUAUCGGGCACCGAGUUCGCAGACACACUAGUAUCGUUCUUCGGGAAAUUUCUAGUCCCAUUUCAAUGCAACAAGCUCAAUGCUCCGUUGUGCACAAGCAAUCAGUUAAGCCAUUGUUGCCCCGGUCGAAACUGAUUAGAGUGUUGCACGUGGCAUGAUGGCGCUGUUCUGAUCCUGGAGUUGGCGUCAAAUUUCUGGUUGUAUGCCGAAUUCGCCGAGACAUGUAGAAAACCACCACAAUGAAACCAAUGAAGCGAAGCAUCUCUUGUCGCGGAGAAAUAAGAGUGUUUGGAGAAGCCUCGUAUUCCGGCAUUGAGUGGCUCCAUGAAACAGUGCUCACAAAACUCGUUAGGAUACAUAAGAGUCGAGGACAGUCCCAUUGAUUACGAGCUGCCAGAAAUCAAGGUUCCUAACUUCAUAUUUAAAGCGCCAGUUCUCACUCAUUAGCACCAUCAAGAUGCAAUACUCACUCACCUCCACCCUCGUGGCCACCACCCUCCUUCUCUCCAGCUCAACAGUAGUCCUCGCCGCUCCUCUCCAACUCGACCUCUCCCAACUCCAACACGUCGACGUCACCAACCCUCUCGGCGUCGGCCCUCAAAUCUUC